CCGGCCACCCUGCUAGCCCUGGGCGCCGUCUGGCUGCUGGCCGCCCUCCUGGCCCUGCCGGCCCUGCUGCUCCGCGACACCCGGCCCGGAGGCUUCCCCGACGGCAACGCUUCGGACGCCGCCGUGAUCCAGUGCGACAUGGACUUCAGCCGGGUGGCCUCCAGCCCGGCCGAGGAGGGCUACUGGCUGGCGGCCCUGAGCCUGGCCACCACCGCGCUGGGCUUCGUCCUGCCGCUGCUGCUGAUGACCCUCUGCUACUGCUGCAUCGGGGCCACCGUCCGGCGCCACUUCCAGCAGCACCAGCAGCAGCAGCCGCAACCACCGUCGUCGGGGCGGCGCAAGGAGGACGGGCAGCAGCGGCGGCGCCUGCUGCGCAUCCUGGUGGCGCUGGUGGGGGUCUUCGCGGGCUGCUGGCUGCCCUUCCAUCUCCUCAAGAGCCUCUUCGUCCUCGACUGGGUGGGCCUCCUGCCGCUGCCCUGCGCCCUCCAGCAGCUGGUGGUGCGCCUCCACCCUUACGCCACCUGCCUGGCCUACAUCAACAGCUGCCUCAACCCCUUC